CUCACACACACACAAACACACACAAUGUCAUCGGAGACCAGGUCACCGUUGCCGUUGUUGUACCGAAGGCGUUCAAGCCAUGAAAUCAAUAAUUUAGCAACAGUUUCAAGCAGCCUCUUGCCAGCUUUUGGAACAGUUGUGGAAGAUGGAUCUCUGCAACUAAGAAAAUAUGUUAUCGCGCCAUAUGAUCGUAGAUACAGGUGGUGGCAAACAUUUCUAGUAAUACUAGUGGUAUAUUCAGCAUGGUCAUCGCCUUUUGAGCUAGCAUUUAAGAAGGUAGCAACUGGGUCACUCAUGCCAGUCGAUUUGGUUGUUGAUGCCUUCUUUGCCGUGGAUAUUGUUAUUACCUUCUUCGUCGCUUAUUUGGAUAAAUCAACCUAUCUCCUCGUAGAUGACCACAACAAGAUAGCAUUGAGGUACAUCACUAGGCCAUGGUUCCCGAUGGACAUAGCCUCAACACUGCCAAUCCAGACCAUAUCCCGGGUCCUCACCGGGAAAACACAGCGUGGAGAGGUUUUUGGCUUUCUCAACUUGCUCCGGCUGUGGCGACUCAGGCGUGUUAGUGAACUCUUCAAAAGGCUAGAGAAAGACCCACGUUUCAGCUACUUUUCGACCAGAUUCUGCAAACUUAUAUGUGUGACACUAUUUGCGGUGCACUCAGCUGGUUGUUUCUACUACUGGUUAGCCACCCAUCAUAAAACAACAGAUAAAACAUGGAUUGGAGCUCAAGUCCCUGAUUUUGAACACAGGAGCAUCUGGCUGGGCUACACCUAUUCCAUGUAUUGGUCGAUCGUCACCCUCACCACAGUUGGCUAUGGAGACUUGCACGCAGAGAAUACAGGAGAGAAGAUUUUCAAUAUGGUAUACAUGCUAUUCAACAUUGGCCUCACUGCUUACUUAAUCGGAAACAUGACCAAUCUCGUUGUGCAUGGUGCUAUCCGAACCUUUGUUAUGAGAGAUACCAUCAAUGAAAUACUGCGAUAUGCAAGCAAGAAUAGACUUCCCGAAGGCUUGAAGGAGCAAAUUCUUGCACACAUGCAACUCAAGUUCAAGACAGCAGAAUUGAAGCAAGAAGAAGUGCUUGAAGACCUGCCCAAGGCAAUAAGAUCUAGUAUUGCUCAGCAUCUUUUCCUGAGAACUGUAGAAAAUUCCUACCUCUUCAAAGGAGUCUCUGAAGACCUUACCACCCAGUUGAUUUCGGAGAUGAAAGCAGAAUAUUUUCCACCAAAGGUUGACAUUAUCUUACAAAAUGAAAUACCUACAGAUUUCUACAUUAUAGUUUCUGGAGCCGUGGAUGUGGUGAUAUACAAAAACGGAAUGGAGCAGUUUUUGACAAAGUUGGGAUCCAAGGAUAUUGUAGGAGAAAUAGGAGUAAUUUUCAAUAUUCCACAAACUUUUACGGUGAGAAGUAAGAGGCUUUCUCAGGUGAUCCGCAUUAGUCAUCAUCAUUUUAAGCAAAUAGUGCAGCUGCAGAAUGAAGAUGGGAAGAAAAUUAUCUCCAACUUUGUUCAGUAUUUGAAGGACUUAAAAAAGGAGAUGCUAGAAGAGAUACCAUUUCUAACAGAAUUGCUGGGCGAAGUAAAUAUAGAGAAUAUAGCAUCAAAUGAGGAACCACAAAAUCAUGAAGCAUCAAAUGAUAGUAGAGAAGCACAUAUUGAAGGAGCACCAACAAUGCCUCCAUCAUCAAAUAAAUUUCCCAUGAGGUUGGUAAUCCAUCCACAUCAUCCAGAUGAUAAAACAACAGAAGGAGACAAAAUGGGAAAACUUAUCCAUCUGCCUGACUCAAUAGAAGACCUUCUGAGAUUAGCGGAAAAGAAGUUUGGGAAAAGAGGAAGUACAAUUCUCAUGGCAGAUGGCUCUCAAGUAGAAGAAUUGAGUGCUCUAAGAGAGAAUGAUCACUUAUUUAUCUUUUGAGGUCUGAAAAGUAUUAAUGUCAAUUUCUUUAAUCUUUGAAAAUAUAAUAUGUACCGUAACAAAAUGAAGGAAAAAACAGCAAUGGGCAUUAGCCCUAGGGGUGGCAAUAUUUGACAUGACACGAAUACGAUCACGGAUUGAACCGCUAACUAAACGUGUCGUGUUUGUGUCAAUGUUACGUGUCUUAGACACGAUUAAUAAUCGUGUCGACACAAACAUGACACGCCAACACGAAUUGCUACUCCUAAUUAGCCCAGAUGGUAUGAUCUCUCCUCCCCAAAGAAGAGGUUGAGUGUUUGAACCCUACUAGGGCCAAUAUUGUGAGUGUGUGCGCGUUUGCUUGAACUUUCAGGGGAAAAAAAUGAAGGAAAAAUCAAAAUUUUAUAAGAUAUACAGUGGCAUGGUAGAACAACCUCUGGAUCAAUAAUGUAUGUAUGAGAAACUUAAAUAAUAAACUGAAAGUUUUACUCCAUAUUAAAGUAGCA